AUGGCAAGCGGUCCCUUAGUGUUCAUUCAUCCCGUGCUAGACGAGAGAAGCGGUAACAGUGGCGGUUCAGUUUCACAUCAUCAUUCCUCCACCCCAGGACCUCCCCCUUGCCCUAAAUCAAACGAAGUCGGCAUGGUAUUGAGUCGAUUGGGAGAUGACUUAUUUUAUUGGAAUGCUGCCUCUACGACAACCCCAAGCCACCACCCCCACCACCACCACAUCAACCAAUCAUCACAUGGACCUCAACACCAUCAGACGCGGCAACAGCAACAGGCCACUGCCUCCUUCUCCUCCUCUGCCUCCUCCUCCUGGGAUCUAUCUGCAAACCACCUCACCGCUGAUCACUGGAUCAACUCCCCUAGGGGUCAUUCGGAUCCCAACUUGCAAAGGUUUUUCAUUCGGUUCAAUCAGUCUGUACCUCAUCCACACCUUCUGCAUGCCCGUUGUAGAGAGAAGACUUGUGGACGCUUCUCCAAUGAGUUGGCCUUCAAUAACUGCAUGUACAAUUCCUCGGCUGAGUCCUCUUCUGCAAUCUGUCCGCCUUCCUGCACACCGACUCCCAUGUCAACCGGGACAUUGACACUGGCAUCUCCACGACGAGGUGGAGGAGGAGGAGGAGGAGAUGGCAGUUGGAUGGUGCCCUGGCAACAACACAGACCUUCUGCUCACCCACAAACACAACAACAGGGUUUGAAUAAUAAGGAGGAUUUCUUCAAUACUGCGGGUAGCUAUCAAAAUUACGCAGGGUUCGACGGCACCGCUACGAAAAUCGUCAAUAACCGAGGCGAAUUUUUUCCCAGUGCUAAUCCACAUCCUUCACUUCCUCUUCAGCCACAGACACACCCGUCAACUGUGGUACACAGUCAGAUGUCAACUACACUGGCUUCUCAUAGGGUGGUAAAUCCGACCUGUGAAAAUCCUUUUGAAAAUGUCGAGGAAUUCCCUCUCAAGCAGCAGAUCUCAAGUGAGUCACAGUGUGUUCGUGGUGAAGGUGACGUUGGAGUUGGCGGCGUACCAAAAUCGGGUGGUGGCAGCAAUGGUUCUCCUUCCUCCUCCACAGGUGGAGGCGGUGGCGGUGGAAAUCGAAUUAUUCAAUCCGCCAACUCCAUCCAAUCAGCCACUGUUUUUUCCAAACGUGGUAUCGGCACGAUUUCCCCUCUAAAUCGGCGUACUUCGGCGACGGGAUGGACAGCACACUCUCGUUGGAUGCCGACUCUCGGUCGCGGCCCUGUUGCUUUUGUUGGUGCUGUUGCUGUUCUUGUUCCUGGUGAGUCUGGUGUCCGAGUCCGGCCACUGAUGGAGACUGGCAAACGAUCUACGCACAGUACAGACGAACCCCAUCGGCCUGAAGCCCAACUACUCGAGCCAAGGACGUCCUAUGAGGAGGUGCUUUCUUGGUCGGAGUCUUUUGACAAUCUCAUGCGAUGUUUUACCUCCCCCGAAGGAGCAGCAAACACUAUACAUUUACUCACUUCCCUUCUCUCAUGGGCAGUUGGACAGAAGGCCUUUCGUGAGUUUUUGCGGUCAGAGUACAGUGAGGAGAAUAUCCUCUUUUGGCUGGCAUGUGAAGAUCUCAAAGAGGAGACGUACUCCAAGGCUGUGGAAGAAAAGGCUCGGCUCAUCUACGAGGACUACAUUUCCAUUCUCUCACCCAAGGAGGUGAGUCUGGAUUCGCGUGUCCGGGAUGUGAUCAACAGAAACAUGACUCAACCAACACCGCACACAUUCGAUGAAGCCCAACUGCAGAUCUACACCCUAAUGCAGCGUGACUCCUAUCCACGUUUCCUUAAUUCACGGAUUUAUAAGGACCUCCUGGCAAUGACGAAAGGCGAGAAUUCCUAG